AUGUCAAACCUGAGAGUUUUGAUCGUGGGCGCAUCCAUUACAGGCCCAACAGCAGCCUACUGGUUUGCCAAAAUGGGUGCAAAAAUAACAGUCAUCGAACUGUUCCCACAAAUGCGAACCAGCGGGCAAAACAUCAAUAUCCGGACGACCGGUGUUUCGGUGAUGCGGAGAAUGCCCGGAAUGAAGGAAGCCGUGCGAGCCAAAAUCGUGCCCAUGGAAGGCAUCAGCAUUGUACGUGAGAAUGGCCGACCUUACGGCACCAUGAAAGCCACCGGAAACCACGAUCAACAAUCGCUUGUCUCCGAGUAUGAGAUUCUCCGUGGUGAUCUGGCGCACAUUCUCUUCGACCUGACGAAGGACCAUGAGGCUAUCAAUUAUGUUUUCGCCGAGCAAAUUGCUUCUAUGCAGCAAGAUGAACAUCGCAAUGGGCCUGUUACCAUCGACUUCAUGAACGGAACUCCGUCCUCGCAGUAUGUUCUCGUUGUCGCCUGUGAUGGAAUAGGCUGUGGUGUACGAGACUAUAUCCACCCGGCGAGGGAUACAGCGCCAUUCGUUGGAGGACGCACCAUUUGUAUUGGCCCCGAUGCCACUAGUGGCAAUCGCGUGACGUUGAUAGGAAUGAGCCCACCCAGCGGUCACGACUCUGUCCUCCAAUUUCGCAAGGCGAACAAACUCGGCACCGAGGAACUGAAGAUUUUUCUCGCUCGGCAUUACAAAGGCGCAGGCUGGAAAUCUGACCAAGUCAUGCAGGGUAUGACGGAAGCAGAGGACUUCUACGCCAGUGAAAUGCUCCUAAUCAAAAGUGCAAAUUUAUACAAGGGACGCUUUGCGUUAGUCGGCGAUGCAGGCUACGCAACUGGCCCCACAGGCACAGCCACCAGGUUAGCCAUGGCUAGCGCCUAUAUGUUGGCGGGCGAGAUCAACAAGCAUCGAGGCAAUCUUGCUGCCGAGCUGAAAGGGUACGAAGAGCAGAUGCGUCCUCUUAUCAACGGGAUGCAACGGAUUCCACCCCUUGUUCCGAUGUUGAUUGGCACUCAGACGACUUAG